AUGCCAGCCAUUCAUGUGUUAGACGACUACUACCUCGCUAUCACCGCUCUCAUCACCAUCGGCUACCAGCUCUUCUUCUUCGCCAUCGCCUACACCUGUAAAUUCGACAAAGUCACUGACUUCGCCGGCGGCUCCAACUUCAUCAUCCUGGCCAUCACAACCCUCUCCCUCAGUCACCACCACCAGGCCCGCCAACUCGUCGCCACCCUCUUCCUCAUCGCCUGGGCCAUCCGCCUCACCUUAUUCCUCCUCUUCCGCAUCCUCAAAACAGGCAAAGAUGAUCGCUUCGACGAGAUGCGCCAAAAGUUCCUCCCCUUUCUCGGCUUCUGGGUCUUUCAGAUGCUUUGGGUCUGGACCGUCUCGCUGCCCGUCACGGUGCUCAACUCCCCAGCCGUGACGCCCUAUCCCCAGCAUCGGUUUGGCACGGGGAGGGACAUUGCGGGCGUGAUCAUGUAUUCUGUCGGGCUGGGGAUCGAGACCGUGAGCGAUGCGCAAAAGUAUCGGUUUCGGAGCACGCACGAUGGCAGAGCUGUUUGUGACGGAGGCUUGUUUGCUGUUUCGCGGCAUCCGAAUUACUUUGGUGAGAUACUCGUUCAUUUUGCCAUAUAUAUGAUUGCCGUUUCAUCAGCCGCAGAUGGCUACGUCCACGGCCAAGCCUAUAAAGCCCUCUAUGCCACCAUCCUGGGUCCAUUCUUCCUCACAUUUCUUCUCCUAUUCGUGUCAGGGAUACCUCUCUCGGAACGCCCAAAGGCAAAGGCGCAAUAUGAAAGCGGCAACAAUUGGCAUAGCUACAAGCGCUGGUUAGAUCGUACCAGCAUCCUCAUCCCAUUCCCCCCACAGCUGUACGAGAAGAUGCCGACGAUCUUGAAGAGGACCGUCUUCCUCGAAUUUCCCAUGUAUGUAUUUGACCCAAAGAAACACUCCGAUAUGAGUCAACCGGGAGGAGCAGCAAAUGAGGACCAGGUAGGCAGGGGAGACGACCAAGACGAUGCUCCACAGAGCGGCGAGGAGACGCUGAUGUAG